CCGUUUUCUUAAAGUGUCUCAGAGUAGGAGUGCUAAUCUACGAUCAGGUCGUCCCUGUCUAUGCAAUCUGAUUUGAUUAUGACCUAAAAGGCAACACUGAUCCUAUAUCCGCAUUCCCAUGAUAAAACACUUCAUGAACAAGGGCUCUGCUCUCAGCUGUGAAUGUGUGCCUUGAGCACGACUGUCUUAUUCACGAUCUAGUUCUAUUGGAAGGGAGCGAGGGAGAGGGACAGAAGGACAAGAGAGAUUCAUUAUCUUUCUAUCACUGUUUAUCAGCGCUUGCUCAAACGGUCUGCUUUUUAAAUCCUGGAACAUUCUUGACCUUUUCCCUGUCCACAACUAAUUCCCAUUCGAAACCCCUGUGGUGUGUGAGCCUUCAUCUGAGAGAGGAACCGUCAUCUGUCUGUUGCCAUGUCUCUCUCACACUCACUCUCACUCCAGAACAGAAAAGGGCACAGAGGCUAUAAAUAGCAAACAAACAGGAUACAACUGGACUACUAGAGGAACUGAGCGACGGCUAAAGACUGCUGACCUAGAAGGAGCCACAGAGAGAAACAGCCAUGACAGAAUAUUACCAGAUCUUAGGGGUCCAGAGAAACACGUCGGCGGAGGACAUUAAAAAAGCGUACAGAAAGCUAGCACUCAAGUGGCAUCCAGACAAGAACCCUGACAACAAGGAGGACGCAGAGAGAAAGUUCAAAGAGCUUUCAGAAGCCUAUGAGGUCCUGUCAGACGCAAACAAGAGGAACCUGUAUGACCAAUAUGGUAAAGAAGGCCUAACAGGAAGCGGAGGGGGAGGAGGAGGGCAUUAUCACAACGCAGAUCACUUCGGUGGUGGGUUCACAUUCCGUAAUCCAGAGGACGUCUUCAGGGAAUUCUUCGGGGGACGAGAUCCAUUUGCAGAUUUCUUCGUGGACGAUGACUUCUUCGGCGGGGGUCAAAGGCAGCGAGGGGUGAGCCGGAGCAGGACCGGGGGACCCUUCUUCCACGGUUUCGGGGGCUUCCCCCCCUUCGGGGCAGGCUUUCCAGUGUUUGAUUCAGGUGGGCCUCCCCUGCAGCACGGUUUCACUUCGCUGGGGCAUAUGGGUGGAGGGGGCUUUGCCACGUUCUCCUCUUCAUCUUUUGGGGGUAGCGGAGGAGGAGGAGGGGGGAUGGGCAACAUCCGCUCAGUAUCCACCUCCACCAAGUUCAUCAACGGCAGAAGAAUCACCACAAAGCGGAUUGUGGAGAAUGGCCAGGAGAGGGUGGAGGUGGAGGAGGACGGUCAGUUGAAGUCUCUAACCGUCAACGGUCUGGAAGAUGAGGACUGGCGACAGACCGCUUUCCCUGGUCCCCACUCCCACCAACGCUACCUGAGGAACACCUCACAGAGCCCCCAGGAGGAAGACGAGGAGUGCGGGAUACAGAGCCUGGGACUCGCCAGAGGUGUGUCCUCCAACCUAGUGUUCUCUCCUGGGGAGAAAACGUCUGCUGUGUGGAGGCCGCAUAGAGAGACCCAGGAACAGGCCGGACACAUGGAGACUAAGAGGAAGAAAUAUCCUUGGAGACAGGAGGCGGAGCUCAAAAAGAAGAGAACACCUCGAUUGGCUACUCGAAUUGGUGCCUUGUUCUAAAGCACCGCCUUUUGACUGCCCUUCCCUGUACGUGUCACCCGGAGGUGAAGAGCAUCAGUCGAUGUGACAUUAACACGACUCAGCCGUAGGGAUACUAAAAUCAGGAAACUUUCCCAAAAUUCCCAGGUUUUUCCUCAAAUUCCAGUUCCAAGAUUCCUGGAAUCAAGAGGGACUGAGACUGACAUUUCUGGGAAAAAGUUACAGGAAUUUUUCAAACCUACUUAACCAUCUACAUUGAUCAUGCCAGCCCACCCCCACCAGCCCAUCACUGUGCCAGGUCUCCCCUUUCUCUAUCAACUGCUCAGCGCAAGCAGCAAAUCUUAUAAGAUGUCUUUUAUGGAAGACAUUAGACUCUCUCAAGAUCUGUUUCUCUACCAACAGUUCCUCUGUUUUCUCCUCAUGGCUCCUCUACAGUUUAUUUAUCCCCCCCCCCCCCAGAUGUCAGUAGAGAGGAGCAGUUCUGUUUUUCAUUAUUUUGCAUUCAUCACAAAUAGCUGGUUGGCCCUGAAAAUAAUUGGUCUCCUCUCGAUGGAAUGCUCAAUAUAUUUAAUCAAACGUACUUUCCGAAAGGUUUCUAGUUCAUUUAAAAAAAAAAAAGCGAUCUGAAGGGUUGAAGUGAAUCGAACGGGCGUGAAUUGUCUGGAAGAGCCUGCGACAGUAGUGUAAUGAUGUCAGAGACGCUGAUGGCCAUUUAGGUAUAGGUGGGUCUUGAAACCUUAAAGAUAAGAGUUUAUAGAAAUGAUUUACGUGAAUUUGGCUGAACUGUCUCUCUAGAGACCAAUAUGAGGUUAGAGAGAGGAAGUGUCCAGAGAGAUCACAGAACUUGGCUUCAAGAGCAAAAAGGAAAGAAGAAGAUGGAGUUGCAAAAGCACUGGGCGUAAAAGCACUUUGUGACACCUGCUGAUGUAAACAGGGGCUUUAUAAAAUGCAUCUGAUUGAUGCAGAAAACACACCGGAAUAUACUGUAGCUUUUGUCUUGCGCCGAGGGAAAUAUUCUUGCUAUCUACACCAAAGAGAAUAGUAAUAGCAAAGUAAGACUUGCUGUAUUGGGGCAGUCUCUCACCCCUUCAUGUACAAUAGCCACCCCCCCUCCCCACUGACAUCGCUCUACUGUAAUCUGAAUUGUGCCCAUAAAAACUGCAUGUGGCCGUCUCCCUUUCUAGCCUCUCACAAAGGCUUGUCACUUGUUUUUUUUUUAACGUUUCACUGCUUUGGUUGGGAUGGAAACCUCAGAUGGAAGUCCCAGUGUUGAACAUGUUUAUGUCUUUCAUAACUAUUUUAUCCGAUUUUGUUGUUUGUUUGGUUAGUUUAUUGUCAAUUUGCUUUUAUUUAUGCCCAAUGCCAGGGGACAAGGAAGGAUUGUUUCAUUUUCUGUAAACAUCCACCAGUAAAGCUUCAUGUCCAACAGAUAAUGGUUAUGGUUGUUAUGUGCUUUUUGAGGGAUAUAUGACACAUUAUCCUUUAAUAAAGAUAGAAGGCACUAUGUUUCAAAGGUAGUGAAAUAAUGGA